AUGACAGUUCUUGAGAAGGAUGUCGGAGCGAAUGAUCGAGAAGCAGAAGUAAUUAAGCAGUGUCUGGGACGAUAUGAGGAGUUGUCAGGACAGAAGGUGAACUAUCACAAGUCCAGUGUCUGUUUUAGCAGGAAUACCAGUGUGGAGGACAGGGAAGUGGUGGCAACUUGUUUACAGGUAGACCAGACACCCAAUUUUGGGAAAUAUCUGGGUUUACCAUCUUUUGUGGGGAGGAAUAAAAGGGCAAUGUUCUCGUAUAUUGAGGAUAAAAUAAAGCAGAGGAUUAGCUCAUGGAACAAGAAGUUUCUGUCACAUGCAGGAAAGGAAAUUAUAUUAAAAAACACAGUGUGUUUAUCAAUUCAGAGAGCAAUGAACAAGUAUUGGUGGGGCACUGGUAUGGAUAGGGGAAUACACUGGAAAGCUUGGGAUAAGCUGAGUAUCCCAAAGAAAUUUGGGGGAAUGGGAUUUAAGGAUCUCAGGAGUUUUAAUGUGGCAAUGUUGGGAAAGCAAGCAUGGCGGCUACUCACAAGUCCUGAUUCCCUUGUUGCAAAAGAAGGCUCGGAUGUGGAUAGGAUACUGAGAAUACCUGUAAGUCCGGGAUAUGAGGACUCAUGGUAUUGGCCCGAUGACCCUAAUGGGGUGUAUACAGUUAAGAAUGCCUACAGGAACAUUAUGGGUGUUUAUAACCACUCACCAGGGGAUUUUGAGAAAUGGACUACAAUGUGGGGGAUGAAGAUACCCCCAAAAUGGAAGACUUUUUUGUGGAGAGACUGCCUACAACAAAUAUUGUUGUCUAACUCGUUCCCCGAGUGGCUAACAACUGUGCUUACAAUGUUAACAGAGGAUCAAAGUGGAGCCGUAGUGGCGCUGCUUUAUCGUCUAUGGAGAUGCAGAAAUUCAGCCGUAUGGGACGGCACACUUCCUCACCCUACGGCAGCAUGGAGACAAGCCACGGCGGCGCUGCAGUCUUUCUGGCAGGUUGCACGCCGCUGCCCAGCUACACCCGUGGCUGCUACGGUGGAAAGCGAAGGAGACGCCAUGCCACGGUGUUACGUGGAUGCUGGAUACCGGGAGGACACGGGGGAGGCUACAUACGGCAUUGUGUUGUUGUCUCCAGAAGGAUCUUUUUUUGGCGGCAAAAAUGGAAGACUCCCAAAUUGUUUGUCGCCGUUUAUGGCGGAGACUUUGGCAUGUAAGGAGGCUCUAUCAUGA